GUUUAGUCGUGUGUGAGUUAUCGAACUGCGAAGUUUGAAGUAGACAAAAAUGUUUGAGUUUAAAAAAUUGUAAUAAUUUAUCAUCAGAUUGACGGAGAAUCGAAAAGCAAAGUUCAAGUAUUUAAAGACUUUAGCUCGUGUGGACAGAACGAAGAUUUAUUUAUUUGUUUAUUUCACUGAAUAAAUUUAUCAAUAAUGGAAUCGAAAACUUACAAAUGCAUUCUCACAUCAGCUGUCGUGUAUUCAGUGAUAUUUGGAACAAUUUUUGUUGGGAUGACUGUGUUAGCGAUAUUAGUAAGAAAUUGUACUAUUGAUAUGGAUUCAAGUCCUUUGGUGUAUAUGAUGUUCCUCCUCUACUUCCGAAUUGACGAAUGCAAAGGAAUAAUUAAUUGGAGUAACUUGGGAUUAGAAUCAACCGUCACUGCAAUAAUUCCACCUGAAACCGAUGCAACAUAUCGAACAUUCAUUUUUGUAAUCGUUUACAUUUGUUUACAUGGAGCUUUGAUUUUCACAGCACUUUAUUCACUUUUGGGCAUCAACAAUUCAUGCUUGGGAAGGAGAAGUUUUCCGAUGUUCUUCGUGCCUUGGCUUUUUGUUUGCACUUCGAUUGUUGUGAUGGAUAUUGUUGCUACAGUUUACUACAUCAUGGAUGUAGUGGCAGUGGGGAGUGUUGAAGGUUUAAUGGAACUUUUGGAGAUUGGAAAUCCAACUAUUGUCGGUCCCGUUCUUCAAGAAUUACCAGCUCAAUGGAAAUUCCUACCACCCAUCAUCAUGUUCUUAGUGACAGCAAAGUUUUUCAUCUUUUUAAUCGUCGAUGUCAUAGUAAUUGCUGUUGCAACGAGAGCUGGAUGGGCUGCAUCAACUUAUCAUAAAUAUCUUGACGAAACAAUUCGUCAUUACUCGUCAAAUAUGAGUCGAGCUAAUCCAGGAUUUGAAGACUCUCAAAUGAAUAUUGCUGCACAGAAGCAACAGACACAACAACAGCAAUUUAUGAAUGAGCAAGCUAUGCAAACAACAAUUCGAGAGAAUACUCCACAAAGAGCUGAAUCAACAGAUCGUUAUAAUGACACAGCUGUUCAAGCUUUCGUUUAUCCUGAUCGGAAUGCCGCCUAUAACAGAAGAGAAAGAACGACUCAAGAUGAACAUAAGCAACAUUCAAUUCCAAGACCAAACACUCUUGUGAUUCCAGUUAAUUACAACAACGACCGACCAACAUCUCAACAAAAUGGAAGAAGAGAUGAUUAUAAUGAUAGAGAAAUUGAGAGUCGAUUAAGUCAUUACACUUCCACAAAUGGUGUCGUUAUUCGUUCAGUUGAACCACUGAAAGACGAAAAUAUUUCCGAAAAGCAACAAUCGCUAGUUCCGAUUCGUGUCUUACCGGAAAUUAAUCGAAGUGUGAGUGAAGUAAAACAAAGACCGAAAGUUCCACCGAAACCACCAAAGCAUAAUCGACAUUCGUUCCAAAAUAGUUCUUCUAUCGAUGAACGACCUGAAAAUCGAUUGUCAGCGAAAGUUGAUAGAAAUAGUUCGAACGUAGCUGAAGAACUGCGAGGUCAACUACCGUGGAGUUAUUUUAAAGCUCGUGAUGAUGUUCCAAAAAAAGCUUUUACUGAACUUAAAGAAGACGAAGAACUUCCGCCAGUUCCAAUUCCUGAUUACACGCUUCAUUUCCCGAAAUCGAAAAGAAUCAACCUGAAUGAUACCGAUGGUGAUGGCUCCUGGAGUCGUCACGAUCAAAGAUAAUUAAUUAAUUCUUCCGAAACGAGGUGCCAAUUAGACAGAAAUAUUUUGUUGUUGUUAAACAUUUUUUUCCUUAUUUAAAAUUUAAUUUGUUGAAAUAAAAAAAAUCACAUUUUACAAAGAUAUUUAAUUAAAAUUUAAGCAUUGUAAUUUAUUUUAGUGAUUUAAGUGGAGAUUUCACGU